GCGCGCGUGUGUUUUUGUGGUUGGUUCACUCGCUCGUCCACGGCGCAGGAUUUCCAUCGCUUCUGCGGAACAACCAGCCUCUGCUGUCCCAUAAAGAUGGAGCUGUCCGCGGCAGGGGACCGUGUGUUUGCCGCUGAGGCCAUCCUGAAACGCCGCGUCCGUAAGGGACGGAUGGAAUACCUAGUGAAAUGGAAAGGAUGGGCAAUAAAGUACAGCACAUGGGAACCUGAGGAGAACAUCCUGGAUGAGCGACUCGUUGCGGCAUUUGAACAAAAAGAGCGAGAGCAAGAAAUGUACGGACCCAAAAAGAGAGGCCCAAAACCCAAAACACUGCUUCUAAAGUCAAGAGCACAAGCUGAGUCCCCACGAGUACCAGAGUUCAAGCAUAGUCGUCCUCAACCUCAUUCCAAACCGCCUCCACCUCCUCCGCCACCUCCUGAUGCACCAGCCUACACUCCGACUGCCCCUUCCAAUGCUAAGCUGCAGUCAGGCACUGCUCAGCCCAAACUGAAAAAAGACAUUCACCGCUGCCAUCGCAUGGCACGUCGCCCCUUGCCUCGCCCGGACCAGACAGUUGGUCCCUCCGGCCCUUUUUCAUCCCGCCCAACAGUCAGUGCAUUUUCAGAAACAGUCCGCAUUCUCAAUCGGAAAGUCAAACCGAGAGAAGUGAAGAAAGGACGUGUCAUUCUGAACCUCAAAGUGCUUGACAAAGCUGAAAACUCUGCAGUUGCUAAUAAUAAAAGGACACAUGUGCCCUCAACGCAACAGUCCCAUUUCGGACGACAGAAGAUUCCAUCCCGCAACAGGGUGAUUGGGAAAAACAGGCGGUUUGGUGAAGUAUCCUACCGAGGAAUCCAGCCUCCCAUCCGGGGUUCUGGAUUUCCAGUUUUCGGGAAACUCUUUGAUUCUCACUCUUUGAAAAAUGCAGAGAGUGGAGAGAGUUGUAACAGCAAGACUAACCAUCUCUCUUCCACCCAAAGUUCAAAACUCCUAGAUGUGUCCAAAGGUCAGAAUCGCAAUGAAGAGCCACCUCCAUCAAAUUCAAGCUCUGAAGUUUCGGAUGUUGAACCACCUUCCCCAAGGCAAACCCAAUCACAGCAUUCCUCAUUGCAACCCAAGGCCUCUUCAACCAAGUCCUCUGCAACCAAGCCCCCUGAUCCUACCCUUCACAAACUUGGCACUCAACCUGUAGCAUCCAAAAACAAGGACUCUGCUCCUUCAGCUCUUCCAUCGUCUCCUAUGUUUUCCUCAUCAUCCUCUGCAUCGACAUCCUCUGAAGACAACGAACACAUCCUAGACCUUUCCGUACCUCAUGAAAUGGACAGACGAUUGCGCCGACGCCAUCCCUUCUCUGGCCGUCAUCCGCUCAAGGUCCCCGAGGUGCCCGUGUCAGAGGAGCCAUCAGAAGAAGAGGAUUUAGACUGGCGUCCUGACAUGACAUCCCAGUGUGCCAAUGUGGUUGUCACAGACAUCACAGCUAACCUCCUCACCGUCACCAUCAAAGAGUUCUGCCAUCCGCCUUCUGCUUCUUCUCCUCCGUGCUACCCCAAAAAUAUAUCAACUCAAAAUGACACACAGCAGCCAAAACACAACCCCAACAAAACAGAUCAAGAUUAUUCCGUUAUAUUUUGUUUCUUAUCAUUACUGAUUUUUUUAACCGCCACCCUGAAGUUCAUCGUUGUCAUUUUGGCCGCCGGGAUGGUGGCGUUUAUCGGAGCAGUCAUCUGCAUCAUCGCCGCGGUCCACAGCGGAUCCCCAGCGGCAUCCGUUGCCGCCGCGCAGCCCCUGGCCGACAAUCAGUCCCUUUCACCGGACGCAGCGGGGAAAGCGUUUUCCCCCGGGUCCGUCGCCCGGGCAGGACCGCUGGAUGCUCUUCACGGUACUGAUGCGACAAGCAGGGAACGAGGAGGACCGGAGGCGCCAACAUUCUACGGUCUAACGGGACUAGGGACCGGAGGCAGCGAGCAGCAGGUCACCUACAGCAGACUCAUCUGCACCCCUGUCCCCGCCGGUGAGUGCAACCCGAAAAACUUUCAGCAACAAGCUGACGACCAGUCGUUAUACGCUGGAGAGGACUGGGGAUACCUCCGCACCACCGCCGAGGAGCUCCGUCAGACCGUCCUGCAGCAGAAGGAUGAGAUCCUCACAGACCAGAGGACCAUCCGGGAACUAACAGGAAAGCUGUCGGAAUGCGAAAGUGGCAUGAAGGGACGGAAGGUCCCGGAACGGAGCGCAGGGGUUGUUGGGGAAGCGCGCAAAGAGAAUAAGGAGCAACUCAUGAUGCGGGACGAUGCGGGAUCCUCAAUGCGGACGGCUCAUGCGAUGGAGGAGCUGGUGCACGCCAUAACUCAGAUGAAAGACCGCAUUGAGAAACUGGAGUCUGAAAUGGCGGCACCAGCGUUCAACCACACAGACUCAAGCUCACAGAAAUCUGCAGGUGCUCCUCGUACACCAGUGGCAGCUGCACAGAGACGAGUGGAGGAUCUGGAGGGAGAACUGAAGAGGAAGAUUAAACUGCUGGAGGAGGAGAGGAAAGCGCUGCGCAAAGAGACGCAGAAACAUCAGGAUCAUAUUGACUAUGGACUGGACACUGUACACCAGCGGAUCAGCAGCCUGGAGAAAGGUCUCUCUGAGAACAAGUUUCCAGAGGGUUACAGGCUCUCGUUCCCCAUCCGCAGCUCUUCCAUGUAUGCCAUCAUAAAGCAGGAAAUCCCAAUCCUCCACGCUCUGACUGUCUGCAUGUGGCUCAAACCUGCAAAGAGCAUCCUGGGAACUGCGGUUUCCUAUGCUGUUUCUGACCAGAGCCAUGAGUUUGUGCUUCAGCAGCUGGUUCAUGGGCCUAUUGAGCUGAUCAUCAAUAAUGAGGUGGCGCUAUUGCCUCUGAACUUAACAGUGGGCAGAUGGCAGCAUAUGUGUGUGAGCUGGAACCGAAGAGCUGGAGCAUGGCACGCCUACUUAGGGGGGAAACUGAAGCUAGAAGGAAGUGACCUGGCAACCCGUCACAGCAUCCGACGGGGAGGAACUCUCAUUCUUGGCCAAGAACAGAGCUCAAUGGGUGGUCUUCGUUUUGACUCGUCGCGAGCUUUAGUGGGAGAGCUGUCACAGUUCAACAUGUGGGAUCGGCCGAUUUCCCACACAGAGCUCUCUGCUCUCGCCCUCUGCAGCACGGGCAUGCUGGGUAAUGUAGUCCCGUGGACCAGCCGUGAGGUGGAGGUAUUCGGAGGUGUCACCAAGCAGCCGGCUGAGCAUUGCGAGCACAACACCAGUGCCAGACAGUGAAGGACUCCUAAAGGGGGGCAUGUUAAAGGUCAGAGGGUCAAUGACCAGGGUUUAGAGCUGGCAAAGAUCUUUCAGAGAGCGAAAAACAGGCCACCAUCUGACAUGUAUGUUGAUUUCUUUAAGACAACAUUUUUUAAAUAGUGGAGUUUGCUGGACAAGACUUGCUAUCAUUAUUUCAUAAUUCAGCACAUAGCUCGUGCCACACCAUUUGUGCUACAAACAAGAAUGAUACCUCAAGUUUUGUGGCUUGUUGAGGAAAAGCGUGCUGUUAUUGUUAUUGGCACAAGAUCAAAUGGUUGUGAAUAUACUAGACUUAAGAUGCAGGUGCAUUAGAUGGCUAAUAUUCACAGGCAAUAUACAGACAUGUCAAUUUCGGAUAAGCGUACGAGAUUUACUGACAGAUUUAGCAAUGGGUUCGGUUUAGUCAAGCUUGUACACAGUGAAAGCUGUGCGUUUUGAAUGUCCCAGGUACACUUUUGGCAAUUGUGGAUGACUUUUGUCAGCAAAAUUUUAUUAAUUUGACCUUACAUUUACAUAUACACCUAACCACUUCAUGCAUUUUCUCUGACUGAAUAGCUAUCCGAUCUUGAAAAUAUCAGGUGUAAACACUCUCUGAAACCCAUUUGAGCACCCUUUUCAACUGACCAUUGAAAAUGCAUGCUAAAACCGAGGACCAUUACUGUUGAUUAUUGUGCUGUUUCACAUAAUGAUCACACAGUAAGCAGAGUAUGUACAGUAGGUCUUGUCGUUGUUCAGAUAUAUUCAACCACAUGAGCAUUUAAACAACAAUAGCAAUCCAAUCAAAUGGUCAAAAUGGCUUCUACGCAAGUCCAUCAUGUUGUCCCAGCACAAAGUUAAAGGUGCAGUAGGUGAUUGUCUUUAGGAACAUUAGUAACAUUGUAAUGGUUAAAGUAAAGGAUCUAAAUGUAUUUAUAUGUAUUUUUAUAUUCUGGGUAAGGCAUAGGACUAAAAAUCUUCAUCUAAUUAAAUAUUGUCAGGCCGACAAUUCCCAUAAUUCUGAUAAAUAGCCCAAACUGUCCGUCAACAAAUGUAGAUUUGAACAACUGCGCACCUCUGUUCACGCAGAGCCACGAGUGACAGCGCCAAAAACAAACGCUGAAUCAAAACUUUUUAAAAUCCUGAAUAGUUAUUGGAGUUACUUUUGCAUGCUGGAGGAAGGACGACACCAUGGUUGAAGUAUUUCUUUUAGACAGGUAAUGUUAUGUUUUAAAACUAUUUUAGUCACACUAAGCUUAUAUAGAUGUUGUUGUUUUAUGAAAGGGUUAUAUGCACAGAAGUGUUAUUCAGCCACUGAAAUCUUCCAGCGAAAGUGAUGUGACUAUUUUCAGUUUCAUAAGGGACCUUUUACAGCAUUGAUAAUGUAGAUUUUUAUUUAGUUUAACAACAAAACAUCAGUAAAUAGCGCUAUUCUGCCUUUUACUGAGGUGAAGUUGGUUUUAUAUUCACAUUGGUUCAUUUUUGGAUAAUAACAACCUGUGACGUGCUCGCUAUAUUGUUGACCAUGCUACUCUGAAUAUUCGCUCUGAAAUAGCAUGUAAGUGUGGCUUAGUAAUAAGUGUAAUUCCUGCAUGCCGUCGGCCAACCACUAAGCAUACAGUAGUCGCUUUAGGACAAAGCGCGGGAGAGAGUGAGAUAGUGAUGAAAAGUUUUGCUCGCUAACUACAUAACUGAAAACGUGCCAGAUAUAAUACAGUUUUUCGUUCAGAAUUGUAGUAUUAUAAAGCACUUCAAAGUUUUCUAACUGGUGAAUGACAUGAUCUAGUGGGUCUCUGUUAUCUUUAAUGUGCGUGUUCGCAAUUUCAGGAGGCGUGGCUUUGGACGACGGGGAGGGAUUGUAUUUCAAAGAUAUUAUGCUAACCGGUUAGCAUUUAGGCAGAUCACUUACUGCAUCUUUAACUAAAUUGUUUUUACAAAGUUAAGUAGAUUGAACAUAAAACAAUUAAGUUGUGCCAAAAAAAACCCAAGAGUUGUGUUGAUUCAGGUCGUUUUUAUAAGUAGUUUGAGCAAGCAGCAAAAACAAAUUUUCAGAGUGGAUCCCCAACAAAUGCCUAAGAUUGCCCGAAUGUAAAACAAACUCUAAGAAAGCAACCACACUCAAUGGACCAGGCUUUAUUACACCAUACAUCUUGAUUCUUGUUCAAAAUGUAUAUUUAAAGGAUUUUUUUGUAGACACAUUUAUGUGGACAUGUGUAAAUGGGGUAGUUUAAACAAAUCAGAUAGCUAACUAAUCAGUGAAAGUGCAUGAAGAGACAUUAGGACCACAAAAAAGCCAUACAGUAUCUAGGGACCAGAAUCUAAUAUCAUGAUCUGUUUGUCAUCUAGCAAUAUACAAAAGACUAUUCCGACCAAACUUGCCAACACUCCAGUUUAACCCAGGAGUCUUCUGCAUUUCAGACCCAUCUACCACCACCCUCCCGUUUUGUUAUUUCUCCCGGAAAACUCCCGUAAUUCCCCUUUUUGGUACAGCCCAGAUCGCUGACUUUUGUAUAGAUGAAUUACCGGUUUGUAAACAUUCAGAAUGCGCACGCAGCGAGGUUGCAGAAAAAAACGGGAGCGCUAGCAUUUACAGCAAGGGAAUGACAUCCGAUGCGGUACAGAGUUUGUUGUUGUCUUAGAAAUAAGAUAUAUUGAUUACAUAUUAUAUAUUAUUUACAUAAUGCUUUCAGCGUAUUAUAACAGCUUGUCACCCAGUGAUAAGCACAGUUAUUCGCCAAAAUUAACAAUAAAGUAAGCAGCAUUCGUCUGCGAUAGCACCCUCACAAUGGAUAUUGGAUAAGACAAAAUGGCCAAGCAUCCAGCCUGAAAUAUAAUACAACUAUCUUAUUGAAACUCCAAGUGAUUGUACAAGUGAAAAGGUAAAGGCCUACAAGUCUUUGGAUGGCUACAGUUUUGUUCUGUGUGGUCAUGUGCAAGAAAUAAUGUUCCAUGAUUACCAAAUUCAACACUUUGUAGUGCUAAAAAUUGAGGUUCUGCCUAGCCAAAGACAAGGAAAGAAGACGGAACUGUACAAGGUCUGGGUAAUCAUCAGCAAGCAAAACAACUGCAUUCUGACAGCGAACUGCACCUGUAUACUGCAGCGAACUGCGCGUGCAGGGUAUGUAAACUUGGAUUUUUACAUUUCAUUCUAAGCAUUCAGUGUCCACAGUUUAAUUAACCAUAUUUAACUGUUUUUACUGAAAUCAUUGCUGCAAUCAGAAACGAGUAAUGUGUAUGAUUCAGCAUAGCGUGAACUUACCUGAUAUAACAUGAGAACUGCAGAGUCCAGCAUUUUUAAUUAGGUCCAGGUCUGUUAGCCAAAGAUGUCUGCGGUUGGCGUUAAAAGCAGUGUGGUGUACGGUAAAAUUUUUCUAUUGUUGGAGUUUCGAUUUUGCCAUCCUACCGCACAUAGCGACAUGUUUGCUAUUGCUACCGGUCUUUUUUUGCAAGCGGUAUGCAUGGUUGAACCCAUGUGACGUCAUGUGUGACGUAGGUUGGUAAUUCCCCUAUUGCAUUGCAUAGUACAGUUACUUGGCUGUGUUAUUCAGACACCUCACCCCCGACACCUAGACAUCCCCAUCACUCCCGUAACCCCCCACAACUUUAGGAUUACCAGUGCAAGUUUUGUGUCUAACAACAGCACAUUUAAAUGCGUAAUAUUAUUUACUAAUUACACCUUGUCAGACAUCAAAUGCUGUACACUGAUGUUUGCCACUCUGAUGUAGGAUAUCCAGGUUGAGUGUUUGAUGAAAGGAUUUAUUUUUGUCCUCGCAGUUCAAAGCCAAUAUUUGCAUACCUAUUCAGACGUGUUGUUAUUUAUACAUACAGUGGAUUUGAUUCAAAUUAGUUUUGAAAACACGCACACUCUCAAUCAUCUGGAAAUUUUGUUUGCUCUUACUGUGCCAUUUUUUAAAUACUAGGGCUUUUUUAUAUCUUUGAUCUCUUCAAGUUUUUUCUUUAGCUGUUUUUGAAUCACUGUUUCUAUGGUGAUCCUUCCAACAGACUGAAUGCUAUUGGUCAGAUCAGCCCUGCUAGAAAUCUUCUCCAUUUAAAACCCUUUAACAUCAUCAGGAUAGCAAUGAAUUCGAAUGGACGGAAAAGAGAGCAGCUGGAGGCAUUUUGACAGAUGAAUAUUUCAGCAAUAUAUAUGAAACGCUACAUUAACCUUUAAAGCCAUGGUUUUGAAACCCUUUACAAUGUGGCAUCUGCAAUGAACUGUUUUCAGCGUUCCUGUUAAACAUAAUCUGCAAAUAUCUAUACAGACAAACCAAUAUCUUCUCAUGCUGAGAAAUUAGCAUAUAUAGCCUAUAUAGAUUUAUACCAAUCUAAAAAAACACAUUAUAUUUGUAAAAUAAGCAACAAACAUUCCAUAUGAUGAAUGUAUAAUAUUUACACCAUUAUUAUAUGUAACUUCCACGAUGUUGUCUGUUGCUCUUCAUAACAGUGACUGAAUAAUCUUGGUGAUAAAAAGCUCAUGUAAAUUACAGCACACAUAUGAUAUGCUUUAAUGUGGAAUAUGUUCAGUGUUUAUAUGUAACAUGCAGCAGGCUGGAAAAUGCCUGCUUUGUGGCCUUGUCAAACACAAGAAUGCUGUUUCAAUUGCGCAAUCACUUAUAUACAGUACAGAUGGACUUAACCGAGAUGAUGGUAACAUGUACAGUAUGCGUGUAUGUUUUAUAGGCAUGUAUUUUGAGAUUUCAUAGCCAUAUGAAUGAACAGCAAAAACUGGUUGGGAAAUGUGUAUCUGAAAAUGUUUUAACUCUAAAUAUAUUUCUUUCUGCUGCAUAGCGUACUUGCUGUUGUUAGUGCAAUGCCUGUUUGUUUGCAUUUCAGUGGUCAAUUUGUGACGUUUCGUUAUUUUAAUAUACAUGAACAUGCUUUAAACUGCAUUCAAAAAAGAGUGGUUUACAAAUGAUUGUAGAUACAUGUAUUUUUUUUUAUAUAUAUAAUUGUUUUUAAAUUAAGAUAUAUAUCUUGAAAGUCGGAUGUUAAGCUCUCUCUUAUUGCUUGAAGAUUUUUCUACACUAUUUGAGGAUUUACACAUUUGCUCAUUUCUUCUAUCUUGUAAUGUUCUUUUCUUGCAUUCUGUCUGUGUCUUUGUUUGUGCUGAAAUCAAAUGUGUCCUAAUCUAAGAUGUCCACAAGAAUUAAAAU